AUGAGUAAAAUCAUUUUCUUGAACGGUUGUGCUUCUGCUGGCAAAACGACGCUUGCUAAAGAGAUUCAGAAUUUAAGCAAAGAAAAAUAUUUAUACAUACCAAUUGACACUCUUUUUGGUGCUAUGCCGAAAAAAAUAGUUGGUUUCGACCAAAAAGCCGAGGAAGGAUUUCGCUAUGUUAUCGACCCUAAAACUGAACCAGGCGAAACACCCUUAGAAGCUGCUAAAAGAGAAGUCUUUGAAGAAACUAAUUUAGUAAUUGAAGAUUUAGAAAUAGUUGGUGAACAAGCUUUUAAUAUAAAAAAUCAGAACUACCAAGGCUUUCUAGUCAAAGCUCAUAAAUAUUCAGGAGAAAUAAAAAUUAAAGAAUUAGAUAAGAUUACUGAUAUUCAAUUUAAGACAAUAGAUUAUGAAUUUGCAGUCAAUCGGCUUUUUUAUGCUAUCAUCUUUGAAGUUGACUAUUAA